AUGUAUUUAAUUGUUUCAGCUCCAUGUAAGAUGGCUGCUACUGAAGAUACUUGUUUAGAUUUGACUACUCUCAUUAAUACUGACUCUUCAUCAGCUAUUCAACAGAACGACUCGCUAAACACAGCUUCAUUACCUUCAACAACAGCAAUUAUUAUGGAUUCAGACACUGCUGAUGACAAAGAAAUAAAUCCUAAAACUUUCAACAGAUACAAAAGUGUUGGAAAUAUAUCAUUAUCGGUGCUCAGUCGUCGAUUAACGAAACGUAAAAAGCUACAUCAACGACUUUCUGUCGUGGCUGAUAUCAUGUUUAUUCUUAGUGUUUUGGGAAUUAUUCUUAUGAUUAUCGAAAAUGAAUUAACAUUUUCUCAAAUUAAUAAUCACGAAACCAUAGCAAGUUGGUCUAUCAAAAUAGUUAUUAGUUUAUCGACGGUUAUUCUUCUUGGAUUUGUCAUCGAAUAUCAUCGUUUAGAUAUUUCUCUCUAUGCUGUUAAUAAUUCAAUUGAAGAUGUUCGUGUUGCAAUAACAUACGAGAGAAUAAUCACCGUUGUACUUGAAAUAUUAAUUUGUGCUGUUCAUCCAAUGCCUCGCUCUUUUCCUCGUCAUUCAAAUGCAUCAUCAGAAGAUAUAAGCUCAAAUGAUUCUACAGUUACUCCUCAUCCUUUGUCUUAUGCAUCUGUUGAUGUAGGCCUUGGUUUACCAAUGUUUCUUCGUCUCUAUUUACUUUGGCGUGUGGUUAUGUUUCAUUCUCAUCUAUUUCGUGAUGCAUCAUCACGAUCUGUAGGUUAUCUUAAUAGAGUAUCCAUUGAUUACUUCUUUCUCACCAAAACUUAUCUUGAACAAUGGCCAGUAGUUUAUUUAACGACAUUUUGUAUAAUUGUCUUCCUUAUUGGAAGUUGGUCAUUACGUGCAUGUUCUUACUCAUCAACCAAUGAACAUUUAACAAUGCAAAAUACAAUGUGGUUAUUUGUUAUAACAUUUACUACUGUUGGCUAUGGAGAUUUUACACCUUCUACAUACUGUGGACGAAGACGAAAUUCUGUAUCACAAGGAGAAAUUCAAAGAUGUUUUAAUCUUAUUAAUUACUUUUGGAUGAUAAAAUAUGAUAGAAAUUAUAAUGAACAAGAUACAGCCAUACGAUAUAUUUCUUUAUCAUUAGCAUUGAUUUAUUAUUUUCGAUUGUCAAUAAAUGAUGUUAAUGCACACAACAGUAAUUAUAAUAUAAUUACAUGUGAAAAAUUUGGUGAAAUUCUUUCUGAUAUAAUAUCAAAUUUAGUUAAAAUUGUUCAAGAAUAA